GAAAUCACUCGAGAUCAUCUCACUGGUUGUGUUGUAUAUCAAAUUUUUACCUAUGUCACCCUACAAAAGUGCCCUAUAAUCCUCUAUAAGCAUAUCACAGGUUUUAUGUCUCAGAACAACAUUUGGGAAACUGCCUUCCAGAGCACGACCAGGAUCGAAUUUUGAUUGGUCGAGGCUUCCCCCACCCUCGCGUAUGAUUGGAUCAGCGUGCUGCCAAUCAAACUAGCAGCCAGCGUAGUACUCAAAGCAGUAAAGCUGUAAUGACUGGAGCUGUCAAUUACAGUGUACCGUUUUCACCCCUAAAGGUCAGUUCUCGGUGGAACCGCGCCGUAUGGCUCGGAGAGGAGCUCGGCUCGAAUCGAGGGACUGCUCUUUAUCAGAUUUCGGCGUGGAUUUAAUGUGAGAUCAUCUGUAACAUUAAUAUAUUACACACACCAACCGCUCGUGACAUAUGUGCGGAAUUAUGCGUGAACUCGGCACGACGGCGGCGGACUGUGUUUACAUCAAUCCAAAUGAGCGGCUCUUGACUCGUUUCAUUUCCGGGGCUGGUUGGUGAAGAACCUGUGGAUUACUUUUCGGAAGUGUUAACCGCAUCGUGCGAAAACUUUUCACGACAGUUUUCCGCGCGCCAUUCAUUUCCACGCGCGAGCCGUUUUCCGAUGCGCGACAGUCGGAAUAAAACUUCUCUGUUGCUAGGUUACCGCGUACUUUCAGCUUAGCCGUCGUUAGCGCGAAGCGACCCCGAGGGGCGAACAUGUCUGCGGUCUCCGCCACCGAGAAAGUGGACGGCUUCACUCGGAGAUCCGUGAAGAAGGCGCAGAAGCAGAGGAAGUCGCCCAGCUCGUCCCGCUUUCGGAGCAACAGUACCUCCGGAGAGCUUUCCGCCCUGCCGCAGCUCAAGGCUAACGUGCACGAUGCUCCAUCUACAGAGGAGCAGGAGCUGUUCGUGCAGAAGCUUCAGCAGUGUUGCCUGCUUUUUGACUUCUUCGACUCCGUCACUGAUCUGAAGAGUAAGGAGGUGAAGAGGGCCACUCUCAACGAGCUGGUAGAAUAUGUGUCGACCAACAGGGGCAUACUGGUGGAAUCUGCCUACCUUGACAUCAUUAACAUGAUCAGCACCAAUUUAUUCAGAACUCUGCCUCCGAGUGACAACCCUGAUUUUGACCCUGAAGAAGAUGAGCCCACUCUGGAGGCCUCGUGGCCACACAUGCAGCUGGUGUACGAGUUUUUCUUGCGUUUCUUAGAAAACCAGGAUUUUCAGCCGAGCACUGCAAAACGCUACAUCGAUCAGAAGUUUGUGCUGCAGCUGUUAGAGUUGUUUGACACUGAAGACCCCCGGGAACGAGACUUCCUGAAAACCAUCCUGCAUCGCAUCUAUGGAAAAUUCUUGGGGUUGCGUGCCUUUAUCCGCAAGCAAAUCAACAACAUUUUCUUACGGUUCAUCUAUGAGACCGAGCAUUUUAAUGGAGUAGCUGAACUUCUGGAGAUCCUGGGCAGCAUCAUCAAUGGAUUUGCGUUGCCUCUGAAGGCUGAACACAGGCAGUUUCUGAUGAAGGUGCUCAUUCCGAUGCACACUGCCAAAACCCUAGCGCUCUUUCACGCACAGUUGGCAUACUGCGUGGUUCAGUUCUUGGAAAAGGACCCCACUCUUACAGAGCCGGUGAUCCGGGGACUUCUGAAAUUCUGGCCCAAGACCUGCAGCCAGAAAGAGGUCAUGUUCCUGGGUGAAAUCGAGGAGAUUCUGGACGUCAUCGAGCCGACACAGUUUAAGAAGAUUCAGGAACUGCUAUUUAAACAGAUCUCUAAGUGUGUCACGAGUCCUCAUUUUCAGGUAGCAGAACGGUCACUGUACUUUUGGAACAACGAGUAUAUUUUGAGUCUGAUUGAGGAGAACAUAGACAAGAUCCUGCCCAUCAUGUUCAACAGCCUGUACCGCAUCUCAAAAGAGCACUGGAACCAAACGAUUGUAGCACUGGUGUACAAUGUAUUGAAAACUCUGAUGGAGAUGAACAGCAAACUGUUUGAUGAGCUCACAGCCUCGUACAAAGCCGACAGACAACGAGAGAAGAAGAAGGAGCAGGAGCGAGAGGAGCUGUGGAAGAGGUUAGACGAGCUGAAGAUCUCCAAAAGCCAGAACAACAGCCACGGCCUUCUAAACUCCGAGAACAGCAUCAAUAACAACAACCAAUCAGAGGAGCCGAACAGCUCAAACAUGACCGCUACAGACAGCGUUAACACACACAUACACAACACUGACCUCUGUGCCAAAUGACACAGGACCAGCUGUGGGAUUGAAACCAGCAGCACGUCUCAGAGAUGUGGACGAUUCAACAGAAAAUGUGCUUUAUAGAUCUACAUAGACCAACUUUAUCUAUUAAAAAAAAAAAAGAAAUAUUUUAGGUAUGUAAGUCUAUUUUUGGAUGUUAAGUGCAGUCACGUUAUUUCGUAUAUUCACUCACAGAUAGACGUGUGCCGUCAAACACUGUAAUGGUGGCUAUUCCUGCGUUCCUUUGUGGAGCUGGCAGGUUUUGAGCAGUGUACUUGCUCAAAGAUAAAUCCUGUUUUAGGAUUCGGCAGCAUUAGGAUGUUUUCUAAAGCUUCACCAUUUAAAACAGAAUGCACACUUCUUUAGUUUUUUCUACACAAUUCUGUUCAUCAUCAAUUAGAGAUUAGGGAAUCAUAAGAAUGCAGUAUUGGGAGAUGUGCAAGAGUAUGUUCUUAAUGUUGCACUGGAUUUCUGUCGAGUGUGCAUGCUGGUAUGUACACAUGGGCCUAAAAGAGAGAAACCGAAUCAACAGUAUAAUGAGAAUUUUAUUGAAAUGAUCCAUCAGUGUCAGUUGUGUGGGAUAUGGAUAAUGCAGUUAAAUCAAAAAAUAUCCCAUCAACAUCCUCACUGUGCAACCAUGUAGUUUCGAUAUGGUUUGUUUUAUGGGGCGCAGAUUAAUGAGGUCGAUUCGUAUUGAUGUUUAUUGUAUUUUGAUUUUUGCGUUAUACUGAUGCCGGGUGUUUUCUUGAACCGAACGUUUUAAAGGAGCGGUUUAUAUUUUUUACGAGUUGUCUUCAAAUCACAAAGAAAAAGUAAGUGAAAUAAAGCCGCCUCCUUUCCCACAAUUAACUUUCAUCAACCCUAUUCCUCUCUUGUUACAAGUACAAAUGUUUUAUUGGUUGUUGGGUUUUUUUGACGAGGGGUCAGAAGAGAAGAGUGGAUAAUUUUCCUCCUAGGAACAUUUAAAUAAAAACCUAAAACAAUGAGCAUUGAAUGAUUAUGGGUCUAAAUGAUUUACUGUCAAUUACAGUGACACGAUCAAGUCCUGCUUUCUGUCAGGCAUAAACUGUGUUGAAGUUCAUGUGUUGAGUAAAGAAUAAACCCCCUGGGUCAUGCUGUUGUAGUGAAAUAAUAAAUAACAUGAUUGA